AUGAGCCGUCCACGGAGAGACGAUGUCUCUGCCAUUUUUGUCCAUGCAGGAGCUGGGUUUCAUAGUCCGCACAACGAAAAACUGCAUCUUGAAACAUGUGAGAACGCAGCGAAGGUGGCAAUUCAGAUGCUCAAAAAUGGUGGAUCAGCUGUUGAUGCCGUGGAAAUCGCCAUUAUGCUCCUGGAAGAUUCCGAAAUCACAAAUGCCGGCUACGGCAGCAACCUAACCAUCGAUGGCGCUGUUGAAUGCGACGCUACUAUCGUAAACCACCUGGGCAGAAGUGGUGCGGCUGGCGCUGUUUCUCAAGUCAAGAAUCCAAUCUCAUUGGCUCGGGUUGUUCUUGAGGCAUCAACGAAGCCGCUGACUUUACAGAGAGUGCCUCCCAACUUCCUUGUGGGACAGGGCGCGACAAGCUUUGCGUACGAACAAGGUCUAAUUGUGAUUCCCCAUGACGGUCUGAUAUCUGAAGAGGCACGGGGACGUUGGCUGCGAUGGCAACAGGACUUGGAAGCGGCCGAAUCGAAAGAGGCGCAGCAGUUCCCAGCAAGAUAUGAGCGUCAUAAGGCAUACAUCCGUCGACCAGUGAGUGUCAAUCCGACAAAUUUGCUUUCUUCACCAAGCAGCAUACGACCUGCCUCGUCGCUUAGCUCCAGCUUGGGUGAUACACGUCUUAGAAAUUCGGGUAUCUCUUCGCCGGUCAGCUCUAGCGAUACUCUCAUGUUACCACCACGAGCCAGAGAUGCUGGGUAUAUGGACGGUAUAGCGUCUCAGGCACCUCGUUUUCUUGAACCCAGUAUAGACGUUGAAAUGACGCCCCCUUCUGUUGCCACGGAUAUCCACCACGCAGAUAUGGAUCAAAUCAGCGAUACUGUUGGUGCUAUAGCAGUCGAUUCACAGGGAAAUAUCGCAGCAGGGUCAUCAUCUGGUGGCAUUGGGAUGAAACAUCGUGGCCGUAUUGGCCCUGCAGCGCUCGUGGGCAUCGGUACUGCCGUUAUCCCACUAGACCCCAACGACCCGGACCAAACAUGCGUUGCUACGGUCACUUCGGGAACCGGCGAACACAUUGCAACAAGUAUGGCUGCUAGCACCUGUGCCUCACGCAUUUAUUACAACCAACGAAAGUGCGAAGAUGGCUCAUUUGAGGAAGUCACGGAGGACGAAGCGCUCAGGGGAAUGAUAGCGUCCGAAUUCAUGGGCCAUCCUGGAGUCAAAGACAGCCACUGUCGGGGUGCCAUUGGAAUAAUGGCGGUCAAGAAAACAGUUGAUGGAGUGUACCUGUGUUUUGGCCAUAACACAGAUUCUUUCGCGCUUGCUUCAAUGAGCAGUGAGGACAAGAAGCCAGUAUCUGUCAUGUCACGCAGCAAUGGAAAUGGGAGUAUCGCACAAGGUGGCCGCGCCUACCGAUCCAAGAGGUAG